AUGUGGCUGGGACUGACACCAGCUUCUCUCGUCGCAAUGCUCGUCGUCGGCGGAGUGCUGUUUAUCGCUUGCUAUCUGAUCGACACCUACUUCAAUUCAUGGGUGUAUGUCAUCGUUGAUUGGAGUGACCGCAACUACGGCUUCUUCAUUAACACGGUAUCGACCGCUGUAUGCGGUCUGGCGAUCUUCUCUGGCCUCAUCAUCCGCUACACCCAUCGAUACAAGUACAUUCAGAUCGUGGGACUGUGCACGCGCACCAUGUGCGUCAAAGAAGGUAUCUGGUCUUGGGCUCGUAUACUUGGCUACCAAGCGCCCAUCUGA